AUGGGUGCAGCAGGGGCCCACGGGGCAAUAAAGGACCUCCCCGAACUCCCCAAUGACCUCUUCCUCCUCAUCAUCUCCUACCUAUCUCCCCAAGACUCCAUCAUUUGCCGGCGCGUAAGCAAAAACUGGAAUUCGGCCUUCACCACGGAGAACGCAUCAUGGACGUUAAUGAAGCGGCACUUCCCGCGGUGUCGAGAAAUCCGGAAUGCCGCCACCGCCGUCUCGGCACCCCCCUCAUCGAACCCCGCUGCUGCGGGCAACAAACAACGGGGGCCGCCGGAUUGGACCUCAGUCUUCGCCAAAGUCGCUCGGCGGUAUCAUUACUUGCGAUCUGCUCGGCCAAGGGAAAUCGAGAAAAUUAAUGUAAUCGACGAGAAGACGCACGCGCACCUGCGCCGGGGCGUCGAGCCAUGGGAUCGGGUACUAAGGUUCAACGAAAAUACGGCCCCGUUCCAGUAUCGCGACGCGGUGUGGUGUUACGACGACGGGUUGCUGAUGUACCCCGAUGCUGCUGCUCCCGGGCGCUACGUGGCGUAUGAUUUGGAGACGCAGAAUCGGUUUGCGGUGCCGUUUGACGGGGCGGAUAGGACAGUGAGGAGGGUACGGCUCGCGUGUGGGAGUUUGGUGGUGGAGUGGUGUGAACGGGAGGCGUAUCAUCAGUUGAAUGAUCAGGAGACGGUGCAUAGACACUUUGCUACGGUUUUCGAUGUGAGGCGGUUCUCCUCUCGCUCACCCUCCCCCUCUACACCUAAACUCAACCUCGUGCGCUCCGUCUCCGCGACCGAUUCCACGGCAUGGACCAUCACCUUCCGCUCCGAAUGGAAGAUUCACUUCUUGGGCUUACCAAUCUCCCGGCACGACCGCUUCUUUUCCGCCCAUAACAGCACCCACUACGCACUCUACCUCUGGCAACCCAACCGCUCCCCCUGGGGCGAAGAAGAACCCCUCGAGCAGCUGACGGUAUGGGAUAUAUCCUUCCCGUCCGCGUAUCGCCCCUCCUUAGACCCAACGGGUGCGCGCAAACCGCCCGAUCGAGAUCUCGGCCCCGUCGUGGUAAGGAGGCUGAGUUGGAGGGAUCUGGAUUUUUUGGGGCUGAGACAGAGGCAUACGCCGAGGAUUAAGGAGUUGAGGGUUGACGAGGGCAAUGUAUAUGUGCAUGAAGAGGACCACCGCUGGUUGGCGGGGAUGCAGGCUUCGAUGGCGCCGCCGAGGCAUCAUAGAGUCAAGUGUACGGGGAUUCCGGUUGUGGGAAUGGGACCUAGGUGGGUGGAGGAGUGUUGUGCGGAUGGAGAUGUGCAUAUGUCGUUUUGUCCGAGGAGUGGGUCGGUUGCGAAGUUGAGGAGGGAUGAGGAGGCUUCUGAUCAUCCUUCCGGUUCUGCUGCCACCUCAUCUUCUUCCUCGUUAUCUGAUCCAUCCUCUUCUCCGUCAGGCAGGGAAGGUGAUCAGAACAGCGUCACUUACACCAACCACCCCUCCCAAGCUCCCUGCUGGCGCCACGAAGAGUUCCCCUACCUGACCGUCAGCGAGGUCGUUGAUGCGAAGGCAGGCAUCCGCAUCGUGGCUAGGCAGUGUUUCAUGAUGGAGACGCUGUCUGUGUUCAUCGUGCCGAGGAUUAGCGUACAGGAAGCAGGGCUUGAUGGUGAGGGUGAGGAGUCAGGUGAGGUGAGGUUCGCGGAUGGGAUGUGGGCCGAGUUGAUGGGCAAAGGAGUUAUAUGUGGGGAUGAGAGGUGGGUUGUGGGCGAGGAUGGGGAUGGGAGGGUCACGGUUGUAAGGAUGUAA